AUGGCCUCAUCGUUUGCCCAUUCUUCAUCGCCAUCGUCGAUAGCUCAGAAGAAGCCCAAACUCAGUCAUCCUGAUCCUGCACCUGUCUCGUCAACGUCACAGGUUUCACUAACCACUGCCACGUCAUCCUGCCGGCUUGAAUCGACACCUUGUAUGAAGACCAUCACUCUGCACUCGGUACGCAAUAAUCAGCGUCAUUGGGAUCUGCUGCGUCUACUGAGCCAUCGGACGGCUUUCCCUAAUGAGACUUCAGCUGUUGCAUUGGGCGAGUUUGAUCCUGCUACUUCACAGGACACUUUUGAGUUUUUACAGGACGAAUGUCGCGUAUUAAUUAUCGGUGCAGGCGGAUUAGGGUGUGAACUACUAAAAGACGUGGUCCUAUCUGGAUUUACUAAAGUGGACAUUAUUGAUAUGGACACUAUUGACGUUUCGAAUUUAAACCGACAAUUUUUAUUUCGAGCCACUGACGUUGGCAAGUCAAAAGCAGAAUGUGCUGCUGCUUUUGUGCGGAAUCGCAUGAUGUCAAGUCAGAUGAACCCUCAAGAGCUCAUGGUGGACAUUAUCCCGCAUUUUAAAAAAGUACAGGACAUGGACGCUGAAUUUUACCGUCAGUUUCACGUAAUUCUCUCGGGACUGGACAAUAUUGAAGCGCGUCGGUAUUUGAAUUCUAUUGUUGUGUCUUUAGCUGAUGUGGACGAGGACGGAGAAGUGGACCCUUUGACAAUUAUUCCAUUGAUUGACGGAGGUACCGAAGGUCUUCGUGGUCAGGCACGAGUGAUCAUCCCGAGGAUCACGAGCUGUUUUGAGUGCUCACUCGAGUCCUUUCCGCCCCAAAAGAGUUUUCCUAUGUGCACCAUUGCCGAAACGCCGAGACAACCGGCACACUGCAUUGCUUAUGCUUUCAUAGUACUCUGGCCAAGGCUAUUCCCCGAGAAGAAGCUGGACAAGGACUCACCGGAGCACAUGCAAUGGGUUUACCAAACCGCCAAGGAUCGAGCUGAGCAGUUUGGAAUCUCCGGCGUUACGUACAGUCUAACGCUGGGAGUAGUAAAAAACAUUAUUCCAGCUGUGGCCUCAACGAACGCGGUUGUAGCUGCCAUGUGCGUGAGUGAGGCACUCAAGGCCAUGAGCUACUGCAGUCGCUUAAUGAACAACUAUCACAUGCACAUGGGUGCCACAGGCUGUUACUCACACACUUUCCAGUACGAGCGCAAGACAGAUUGUGUUGUUUGCUCCUCGCAGCAAAAGACGCUGCAUGUGGAUCCGGACUCCAUGACACUGCAGAAGUUGAUAGACGAGCUCUGCGGCGACAAGUUUCGGUUGUUGAAGCCUUCGAUCAGCUCAGGCACUGCCAACCUGUUCAUGCAGGGUCCGCCAGCUCUUCGUGCUGCUACUAGCAACAACCUAGCCAAGACGCUGCGAGAACUAGUGAAGGACGGAGAAAGUCUUACGAUCACGGAUGCUGUUUUUGCAGGCGACUUGGCGCUGUCAUUGCAGAUUAUGUUCAAGCGGAAGAUAAACGAUGUCGUCACGUCAAUGGAGACUUAA